UUUUUUUGUGUUUUAUUCCCCGCAAAACACCAUAAUUUGAUCAUUUAAAGUUGACCAGACUCAACUUUUUAGGUGUGAGGAAUCCGGAAGGAACAAGUUCUUCAAAGCUUUCAAUCGAUCUUCAGGGAAAAAGCAGCAGAUUGAUCCGUGGAGAUUGACAACAUGUCAGGUGCUAGAAAAAAGAGGAAACCCAAAGAGCAACAAACAUUUGCGAGUGCAGCAGGACAGCAGAGCAGUGAGACUGCAGGUGAGGAUGAAGAGAAGCUGUCUAAGCACAGAGAUGGAGCCAAGAAUAGGCAUGGACAGUCACAAGUCUGCACAGCAACCAAAGACACACUUUUCUCUCAGAAGACAGCUCAACCUCCAAUGCAUCCAUUUUCACUGCAGAGGGUCUUCGGGAUGAAUCUCACCCUUCCUGUUGUUAGUCUGCAAGACCAGAGCCAGCAUAUUUUCCUGUAUGGUGUAGGUCAUUUUGGGAUCAUAUUCAAUCACACCACAGAUUCCCAGCACAUUCUGCAGGGUCACUCUUCUUCCAUCUCAUGCAUGUGCGUGACUGAGAACAGACGCUGGAUUGCAACAGCAGACAGUGGCUCACCGAGCAUGGUGAUUAUAUGGGAUUCCUACUCUGGGAUUCCUGUGAAAACAUUGUUUGAUUGCCACCCUGCCAGCGGUGUCGCUGCUGUGGCUUUUUCAGGUGACGCAAAAUACCUGGCAACCCUUGGGAGAAAUGGAUGUCAGAGUAUUUGUAUAUGGGACUGGACCAGCGAUGCACAAAAGCCCCUCUACUGUACUGAACUUAAUCCAAAACUUGGUUUUCAAGAUUACAUCACCUUUAACCCAAAUGACAGCACUCAGGUUUUCAGCGUCGGUGAAAGUCACAUGUUCAUCUGCAACAGAACCAGCGGAAACAAAGAAUCCUUGGCAUUGAAGACAAAAAGUUUCAUGAGUCCAGCUGAUUCCAAAGUAUUUGCUCAGCCUUCUCCAUAUCCGAGUAUGUGGGUUUACAGUGCUGACAGGUUUCCCAGUCGUACUACGUUUGACUGGAGAAAUCAUCGGCUCCUGAAAGCCAUAGCCAACUGCAUUGUGGUGUGGACCAUCAAUGAAGUCUCGCAUGUCAGGAAAAUCUCCACAAAAGAACCGAUCACUGUUCUCACAACACAUGAUGGCUAUGUUGUAACAGGUGACAUGAGAGGUGAAAUCCGGUUUUAUGAUAAAGACUUCACCGUUGUCAGCUGUUGUGAAGAUUUCCACCUGGAUCCAAUCGUUUCUAUAUCCUUUUCAAAAGAUAUACCUAUGCCGGCCUAUCGGGAGGAGUGCACUCUGGAGGAAAAACCCCUAGUUAUCAGGAAUUUUCUUGUUUCCACUGUCAGUUUCAAAGUCAUACAUGUGAACACAUCUGGUGGCACUCAGACUCUUCUACAGAAUGAUGAUGCCCCUCUCCAUGCAGUGGCAUGUCAUCCCUCCCACCCAACUGUAGCCUUGGGCAACCAACGUGGCGUUUUGAAACUAUGGGAUCAUAACCAGAAAUUAAUCUCUGGCAUAAGGGUCUUUGAAGAAGAGAAACAUAUAAACUGUGUUGCUUUCGACCCAAAAGGAAGAUUCUUGGCAGUGGGCUUUGGGACUGGAGCUGUUUACAUACUGGAUGCCUGCACUUUGCAAAACAACCCUGACGAAUGCUUCCACUGUGCCACAGACAGCAUCGAUCUGAUCACUUUCUCUUCAGACUCCCAAUACCUUGCCACUGCUGAUGUCGGUAAAGCAGUGACCGUCUUCUGCUCCCAGACAAACAAAGACGCAUCUCCUCAGUGGAUGUACCUGGGCAGGUACUGCUAUCACAACAAGCCCAUUAAAGACCUUCUUUUUGGGGUUCAUCUAGACAGCGCCCAACCAAGACUGCUGUCCCUGGGAUCAGACCGCCAACUGGUGGAGUACGAUCUGAAAAACAGUCACAAGGACAAGCUCCUCCUCCUUCGCUCUGAGCGCAUUGAGCAAAGUGCGGUGCCACAGUGCAUAGUAUGGCAUCCACCUCUCAACGCAGAGGAGCUCCUUCUCGUUGCAUCGGACCAGUACAAGAUGAAACUUUUUAACAGCAAAACACUGACAUGCAGAAAGACUCUUCUUGGCCCAACAUACGGUUCUCCAAUUAAGCAAAUCUUGGUUCUUCCCAAAUCAAAAGAUGCUCAGAUGAGCUCAUAUCAUCUUGCAUUCAUCACAGAGGACAAGUUGGGUCUUCAGAUUUUGCCGUUGGAUGGGAACCCCUAUAAAUCCACCGCUUUGAUUUGUCAUCCCACCGGUGUCUCUUCAUUUGCCUGCUCCUAUGAUGGAAAGUUUCUCUUUACAGCAGGAAGAUCUGACAGUUUAGUCAUGUCAUGGAGGGUGAACUUAGACGUACUGCAUGCAGCCACUGCCCUGGGUGGAAAAGACAUGGAGCCUUUUUAUUCAAUGCUCGAUGGUGGAAGAGAUGGCAGGUUUUACAGGGAGAUGGAGGACUUUUUCUAUUACUGUAUAAUCCGUCACCAAGGUGCUGCAGUACUGAAGAGACCGAAUGUGUGUGCCAAAAUUCCUCUGUCGGAUAUUCCUGAUCUAGUGAGAGCUUUGGGACACUUUCCUACAGAAAAAGAGUUAGAAGACAUGCAAAAUGAGAUCAAAUUCAGCCAAUUUGCUGAAACUGGAAAACAUGUGACUGACAUUGGCCUGGAGGAGUUCAUCAAGCUGUACAUCAACCAUCGGCCAGCCUUUGGGAUCUCCAGUGAGGAGCUUGUUCAAGCUUUUCAUGUCCUUGGUAAAAAGGAAGGGACAGAGGUGCCUGUUCUUCUGAAAAAUGAUCUGCUCGAACUUCUACAGGCUGAAGGAGAACACAUGACAGAAAAGGAGGUAGCAGAGUGUUUUGCUACCCUUUUGCAGGUCAAUAAAAAUGAAGGAGAAGAAGAGACACACUGUGAAGGGAAUAUUAUCCCAGAAGAGAUAUCUGCAGAGACAUUUACAGAUCACAUCCUUGGCCUGCCAUUUCGAAACGCACAGAGCACUUCCCCUUCAGAAUGAUGACAUCAACAUCCUGCCAGCUCGUCAUGGAGACGAUGUCCUCAUGGAAAAAAGGAUACCUCUUAAAACUAUUUUAUCAUUUAUGUUCUUAUUUUGAUAUGAAAUGUUUAUAUAUGUACUGAUUUAAAAGAAUGACCUUUCAUUUUGAUGCCUUCUUUGAGCAAAAAUGGUUGACUCCAACUAGUUUGAAACUUAUGUGUCAAAACAUGUAAGUAUAGCAAAAUAUUAUUUUCUUAGAGUGUUUAAAUGUUGAGCCUAGUUUAGUUUAAAAAAAA